AGUUGGAGAAAGAGAGACUAGCAAGACUCAGAGAGGAGGCCAGAGAAAGUCAGACUGUGUGUGGGAGCGGAAGUUCUGGAAACAGAGUACAAACGGGCCAAGGCUACAUUGGAAUCCAAUGACACUUACAUUCAGCUUGGAAACUUGGAGAGAAAGUGGCAGCAUCACGAGCAGAACAACUUUGCCAUGAAGGAAUACAUAGCUAUGCGACAGGCGGAGGGGAGCUACCACGAUCUCUCCAAUGAGGUGGCCUCUCUUGUCUCGUCCUACAACUCCCUCCUCUGUCACAGUCUCCAGGGCACACUUCCUGUCCCCACUCCCUCCAACUGACCUCUGCAUCAUUAGAGAGAAGACCCCACUAUUAUAACUACUUAACGGCACACUGUGAAUAUUAUGUAUAAUACUAGCUCUAAUGUGUGUACUGGCACAUUUUUAUACAUUGGUUGAAAGCAAAAGUUAUCUAUUGUACUUUACAAGAUAUGUGCAGUGUAUGUUGUGUGCAUUAGUUGAUUUUGGCAAGUGAUGUGUCCACUGGUGUUAAAAUUUCACGUAGUGCAUAAUUAUAACAUUGCUGUGUUGUGAAAGCAUUAUAA